AUGGCUGAGAUUGCUGUGGCCUGGGCAGCAAUCUCAGAGCAGGCUGGACCUGAUUUGGUGUUGCGUUCUCCACUGCUGGUGCUGGGGGAAGACCUGGGUCUGUACCACCCCGUCCAGCAGGAGAUCCAGGUCCCUGCCCGCAAAGCGAGCUACGCUUUCCCCCUGACUGCCAUGUCUGGGGCAAUUAUCAGGAACCAUGCAGGACAGUCGGAAACCUGGCGAGCAAAUUCCUCCGGGGUCGCUGUCCCGGACAACGGAUCGAGAGGGACCCUCGGAAACCUGUCCGGUUCUGACCAGUUUACACCAUACACCAAUGUCAUCAUGCCAAGUGUGUUUGGGGUCAUCAGCUGUUUGGGGAUCACAGGCAAUUGUAUCGUCAUCUACACUAUUGUCAGGAAGACCAAGUUCAGGUGCAAGCAUACAGUACCCGACAUCUUUAUCUUCAACCUGUCGUUAGUGGACCUGUUGUUUCUUCUAGGGAUGCCCUUCCUCAUUCAUCAACUUGUUGGAAAUGGAACUUGGCAUUUUGGAGCUGCGUUGUGCACCGUCAUAACAACCCUGGACAGCCAUAGCCAGAUCACCAGUACCUACAUAUUGACUGUGAUGAGCUUUGAUCGUUACUUGGCCACAGUUCACCCACUGAAAUCCACCUCUAUGCGUACACCGUCUGUUGCAACCUUUGUGAUCUGCUUGGUUUGGUUAAUGUCCUUCUUGACCAUCAUCCCAGUGUGGCUCUACACAGGACUAAUGCCAUUGCCAGAUGGCACGGUUGGUUGUGCCUUACUUCUGCCCAAUCCAACCACUGAUAUCUAUUGGUUUACCCUUUACCAAUUCAUGGUUGCCUUUGCCAUCCCUCUGGUUGUUAUCUGUGUUAUUUACUUCAAGAUUCUUCAGCACAUGUCCACAAGUGUGGCCCCACUACCCCAAAGAAAACUCCGAAUGCGAACUAGGAAGGUCACCCGCAUGGCAGUGGCCAUCUGCUCAACCUUCUUCCUAUGUUGGGGACCCUACUAUAUCUUUCAGCUGGCCCACCUGAGCAUUGAAAAGCCAAGUCUCGCCUUCUUCUACACAUAUAACUUUGCCAUUAGCCUGGGCUACGCCAACAGUUGCAUCAACCCUUUUUUGUACAUCGCCCUGAGUGAGACUUUCAAACGCCAGUUUCUGAUGACCGUCCGCCCAGCCCAUCAGCAGUUCCGGGUGAACAACAGUGUGGCGGAAGGGAGCCUGUCCAUCAAACUCUCCAGUGAGCCAACACACCAAAUGCGUUUCAUGAGUCGGUUCUCGCCGAACUCUUUGCCUGCUCCAGAUGCAGUUCACUGA